GGAGAAUAUUGUGCUGAGUUGUGAUUUAGAAAUACUAUUUACUGUACUCAACCAGGCUCAACAGAUAGGGAUAGUGACUGGAAAACAGAAUUGGAUUCUAACCAACCUUGACGCUCAUACAGCUGAUCUCAGUCCCUUCAAAUAUGAUUAUACUAACUUCACCCUCUUCAGAUUGAUUGAUCCCGGGAACCCUUUUGUUUACAGAAUCCUGGGAGAAAUCGUCGAGGAGGAAAUAAGGAUGGGUCGAAGUCUGGAUUUUGUUGAUUUCUCUGGUGGACUAAAAUUAGAUGCUGCUCUUAUUUAUGAUGGGGUUCAUCUGCUUGCAGCAGCCCUAGGUCAACUCAGUAACGUUCAAGAAUUACAGUUGCAAAGUUUAAGUUGUGAAGAUAGUUCAACCCAAUUUUGGAAACAUGGAUCUUCCAUUGUAAACUACAUGAGAGCUACUAUUCUACCAGGAAUUACAGGUCCUAUAAGGUUUGAUUCCUACGGACAGAGAACUGAUUUCCAACUUGAAGUUCUUCAACUUCUGGAGGAACAUGGAGUAGUCAAGGUUGGAAACUGGGUAGAAGGAGACGGAUUUAAUAUAACUGGAUAUCAUCUAGAAUCUAAACCGGAACCGAGUACAAUUAAUCCUAUGUUUAACAAAUCUCUUACUGUUACAACUAUUUUUAAUGAUCCGUACACAAUGCUUAAGGAGGACACAAAGCUUCUGGUCGGGAAUGAAAGAUAUGAAGGUUUUAUUCCUGAUAUGGUUCAUAUUCUCUCUACAAUACUUCAGUUUAACUAUACGCUAAGGAUAGUGGAAGAUGGACAGUAUGGCAGUUAUGAUGCAAAUACAGGAAGAUGGAAUGGAAUGAUAGGGGAAGUUUUGACUGGUGAAGCUGACAUGGUGGUUGCGGAUUUGAGUAUAACAACCAGUAGAGCAGCUGCUGUAGAGUUUAGUAUGCCCUGGAUGAAUCUUGGAAUAUCAAUCAUCUAUCAGAAACCAAAGAAAGCAGCGCCCAGUCUUCUCUCAUUCAUGCUUCCAUUUAGUGAUGGUGUCUGGAUUGCUAUGCUGGCAGCCUUUAUAUUGGUGGCAUUCCUUACAUUCUUUAUAGGUAGAUUUUCUCCGAAUGAGUGGUUCAAUCCGAAUUUCUGUAUUCUGGAACCCAAAGAAGUGGAAACUCAGUGGACCUUCUGUAACAGUGUCUGGCACACUGUGGGAGCUCUAAUGCAGCAAGGAACUGAGUUCUGCCCAGUAGCACUGUCCACCAGAUUUCUUGUUGGUGUUUUCUACUUCUUUACUCUUAUUAUUGUUUCAUCAUAUACAGCCAACCUAGCAGCCUCGCUGACUGCUGAGAUGCUGGAGAGGCCGAUAGAAAAUGCUGAGGAUCUUGCAAAGCAGACCGAGAUAAAAUAUGGCGUUGUUUAUUGUGGAUCCACGUGUAACUUUUUCAAAACAUCAACAUUCAACACUUAUAGCACAAUGUGGAAGUUCAUGUCUGACAAUAAAGAUGAAGUAAUGGUUGGUUCUAACAAGGAGGGGGUAGAGAAGGUUGAGGCAGGUGGGUAUGCUUUUAUGAUGGAAGAUGCUGGUAUUCAAUAUAUUGUGGAGAGAAGAUGCUCAUUAGCUCAAAUUGGAGGAAAUCUAGAUACAAAAGGAUACGGGAUUGCUACAAGACCUGGCUCUGGGUUCAAGGAUCUUCUAGACAGCGCUAUUCUCAAGAUGCAGGAAAAUGGCGAUUUUCACAAGUUAAAGAAUAAAUGGUGGAAGCAAAAGAGAGGUGGGGGACAGUGUUUACAAUCUGCAUCAGCCUCUGUUACCAAGUUGGAUUUGGCCAAUCUAGGAGGUAUCUUCCUUGUAACUCUACUUGGAUGUGGAUUAGCAGGCUUGGUUUGCAUUCUUGAGCUUAUCUGGGGCUGCUAUCAAGAUUCCCAGGAGUUUGGAACACCUUGGGGAUUCGAGAUCAAACAAAGAAUUGAGUUUGCAUACAGAUGUUCUAGCUUUGGAAGGAAAGGCAGAAUGGCGAGCAUGCGGUAUAAGAAUGAAUCCCGAAUGACGAGUGAAGGAUUAAGUGAAUCCUCUAUUGAUGAACCGCCAAAGACUGGUGGCGUGAAGCGAAGAAAUUCCUAUCAUAUUCAUUAUCCUGGCUGGUAGUCAUAGUCCUUAGGACUAUAGUAUGUUACUUAUAAAGUCCUUUUUCCUCGUACUUUGUAAUUAACGAGAUGUUCGCGGACUUUUCUGUUUUGAUCGGUAGAUUUUUUUUAAAAGUCGACGAUUUUUUCUCAGGAUCAGUUUUUCAAAUCUCGACAGAGAUAAUACCAAGUCAAGAAAUAUAUAUUCACAGGUUGUUUGAUUUAUGUGUUAAAGUAGUAGAACAAAAUAAAUUAUUGAUCAUGCUAAAUCUAUAAAUUUAAUAAAAUAAUUUUUCUUA